CAGUAACCAACGGUCGAGCUUCGUCCUAGCAAAGCGACAGAUAUACUGUAAUAAAACUUGUAUCAUUCGCAUAUUUAAACGUUAGCACGCUGGUACACCAGUAUGCUGCAGCGGCCUCGUGGUUUGGAAGGGCAUCAUCGGCAUCGCGCAAGCAAGCACCCCAGCACGCAACCAUUCAUUUACUCUCAUUGCCCUUUCUUUAACCUAAGACUUAGCCCUACUAUUGGAUUUGAGGCGUCCAUCGGUAGCCGCGUCAUAGUUAAAGCAAUGGCCCAGCAUGAGGAACGGACGCUAUCAAUUACCAAUUCAUUCGGCGAGCGCCUAGCUGCGAAGUUUGUGGACACUGGUUCUGAUGACGUCACCGUUCUCUGUCAUGGCUACGCUUCCGGCAAGGACGGCUUUUGCUUUCCUGAGCUGGCUUCUGCGCUGGCUGCUGUCGGCCGCAGCAGCCUGCGAUUCGACUUUGCGGGGAACGGAGAGUCCGAGGGUACCUUCAGCUUCGGCGGCUACAUGCGGGAGGUUGAGGACCUGCGUGCCGUGGUGGCCUGGCUGCGGGAGCAGGGCGGCAGGCGGGUGCUGGCGAUUGUAGGCCACAGCAAGGGCGGCAACGUGGUGCUGCUGUACGCAUCAAAGUACGACGAUGUGCCGUACGUGGUCAACGUGGCGGGGCGGGGCGUGAUGUCGGGCGGGAUACAGGAGCGGUUCGGCUCCGAAACCCUGGCCCGAGUGCAGCGCGAGGGGUCGGUGCAGCUGCAGCAGCGGGUGGAGCGGGGAGGGGCGCGCACCCUCACCUUCACACUCACUCAGGAGGCCGUAUCCGAGCGCAUGUCCCUCGACAUGCUGGCCGCCGCCCGCCGCAUCCGGCACUCCCGGGUGCUCACACUGCACGGUACGGCAGACACCGUCAUACCGGUGGGGGACGCGCAGCUGCUGCUGGGGGCGAUGAGGGAGGGGCGGAGGGAGCAGGGGGAGGAGCAGGAUGGGUGGCAUGAGUUGGUGUUGGUGGAGGGGGCGGAUCACUUCUUCCGGCGGCCGGAGGAGGCUGCGGUGGUGGUCCAGCGGGUGGUUAAAUGCGUGCAACGAGCGGCGGGGGAGGGGCGGGCGGCAACGGCGGUGUGAAGGGCAUAAGGAGGGGUGGUGUGGCUCGUGCAGAGACACACCACUAGCAAGCGCACUCCUUGAUAGGUGGCGCAGGGCGGUCGGGGCAAGAUGGUUUGCUUGUCCGUGAGGUUUGCUGACCUGGACCCCCCCUCCACGUCCGUGUUACCGGCAACGCGCAACACCUAUGUAAGCCCCCGCCUCCUGG